UCAGCACCUACCUAUAUAGUGGCAGGCGCAACUUUGUCAACACACAACUUCGGCUGUGACUUGAAACCUACCAAGCGCCUACGCAUAUGUUCUGUGACAUCAUAGAUAUGAAAAUAUUGUUCGUUUCGUGUGUUUUGCUGUAUUUGGUGGCUGCGGAACCCAGGUAUCAUACUUGGAAUGGAAACGAGAUGUCGGUUCAAGAGUAUGUUCACAGGCCACCUAGAGAAGGAGAAAUUCAAAAUCCUUAUCCACCACCCGUGCUGACAGCAGGAGCUAUGAAACAGUUUUAUGAGAGGCAACGUUCUCAAGCAUCGUGGAGGCCCAAUAGACAGAGGACUACUCGUAGACCGAAUAGACCAAGUAGACCGAAAAGACCCAGUAGACCGAAUAGACCGAGAGGACCUACAAGACCAUAUCGUCGCCCUCAGCCUAGGAACCAACCAAGAUACUACAAUUACGGAUAUCAGAGGCCGAAACCUUAUGUCUUUGGAAGUCCCACAUUUUACUAGUGUUCUUGCCAAUCUUGAAAACUAUACUUAAAUGGUUUCAUUAGGACCAAUCUAAAGUUGUUUAUUAACAAAGUAUGUAUUUUAUUUCUCAUUUAAUUGCUUGUAAUAUAGUUUAGGGUGAAACGAUGAAAUGUAGAUAAGAUGGCGUCUUAUCCGCCCUGGAUCAGUGCCUGUCACACGGUCUUUCUGUCUCCAAGUACUCAAUUUCGAACAAAUAUCGAGAAUUUACAGUUAUUACACUUUUUAUACCUACUUUAAGAAUAUUGCACUAUAUAGGUACUUAUUACAGUGUUAUAUUAAUUAAAACUUUUGUUUCUGUUUCCUCCUCGCCGAAGGAUUAAAAAGUAGGUACCUACAUCUUUAACUUUAAUAAGUAAUGGCAAUAAAACACAAAGUACAG